AUGUUCUCCUCCAUCUCCCAGCGGAUCUUCGGCACGACUCCCCAUAAGAACUCUUCUCCCGGCCCAACGAGGCCACCGCGCGACGAGCCCAUGCGCCAGCCGUUCCCGUCUACAGCGCCUCCCGGAAUGCAGGAAGCCGCCCGUGACCUCGAUCGUCAAUUCUCAGAAGUGUCGGAGACAUGGGGCCAGGCCGAUCCCGAUGACGACGAUGACGACGACGGGAACAUCCCCGACGGCCUCCCCAGCGAGUACGACAUCAAGGAUGACGGCGACGGCGACGCCGAUGGUGGCGAUGAUGACAGCGAUGAAUACGACGAUCCAUUCGCCGGCAUGGCCGCAUUUUCGACACAAAUCAAACCCGAUGAGGAUGACGCUUCUACGAACGGAUCCGACGAGGACGCCAGUGCCAUCACCAAGGCCGAGCCCGAGCCAUCAAAGAAGGCCGAAGAGAAGGCACCUGGUCGGAGAAUACGCCAAACCGCCAGGUCUGAAGAGCAAGGCUCCUCAGCCCAGACUCUGCCCAGUCCGAUUACAAGUGGGCGGUCGAACGGCUCGGCAGCCGAGGAAGACAGCGAUGCCAGCUCCAGCCAUCGACUUGUACUCAAAGCCGAGCCUCCAGCCCCUCCCGUGAGCAACAAGAAGAAGCGAAAGCGUAAGUCGAGAUCAUCACAGUCUGCCUCCGUCGAGCCGGAGGAAUCGACCCGCGCCAAGAAGAGAAAGGUGCGCAAGCCUCUGGAGGACAUUGAAGACGACGACAUGGACACCCAGCCCGAGGAGACGGUUCCUGACUCGCCUUCCAACCAAAUCGCCGCGGAAAACUCGCAGAGCCCCGGACUUGAUCAUGAUGACUUUGACCACGAUCUCACUCUGGACUUGCCCACAAAGCCCGAGCCUCAACAAUCGCAGCUCGUGAGCGUCUCCAGGCAGCUGUUCCAGCCAACCAAGGGUACAUCGACUGGUCCUACGUCGGUGAGCGAGGAUGCCGAGCAAGACGACGUCAUCAACGACGACAUCAGCGAUGACGAUAUGGGCGAUGCGAACCACGAAGUUUCGCUGUCCUCCCCGAGCGUCAUUGCACAGAGGCGAAGAAGCAUGUCUAGAGGAUCCCAAAUCUCUUCAUUUAGGCAGGGCCUGUCGAGGGAGUCAACCGGCCUGCCCGAUAGAAUCUCCGAGGCCGCAGAAUCGGCAGAGGAAAACGAGAGUGAAGGCGAGGAUGACCAGGCUGAUCCGGUGGUUGAUGCUGGCGGAGAUGUCAGCAUGGCAGAGACGUCGGCGCUCGCUUCCGGAGCUCUUCGUGACGACGCGGACCAAGAGGACUUCGCAGACCAAUUGCCUCCGUCAUCUCAGCCACCAAGGGAAGACAGUGCCAGCGUCGACGGAGACGCGAUGGACGUUGACGACAGGAAUGAAGACGCCGAUGAGCGCUCUGGGUCCGAAGAAUCUGAACAAGAGCUCGAUAGCGAUGCCGCUACGAACGAGCUUGAAGAGGCUCAGAAAGCAGAAGCGGAGUCUGACAACGAUUCCGACGAAGAAGAGGAUGAAUUGGUUGUUGAGCAGCCUGAGCUUCCUACCAGAUCGACUCGAAAGACGCGUAACGGCACUGUCCCAACAAACGGAAAGGCUACGCAGGCUCCUGUGGCGACCACGCCUAGGGCCGCCUCUCGACGUUCUAGACUGGACAGUCACCUCAUCAACAUGUCUGAGCUCAGCCAUGUCCCCAGCUCGGCACAAAAGUCCGCUCGCUCCACUGGGUCCAGACGACAACGUUCCAAGCCCAACUUCUUCGAGGCGGCGGAGGCUUAUGACCACUUUGACGAGGAGGAGAAGAGUGAAGACGAGAACAACCAACAAGAUGAGAGCGACCAAUAUGAGGAGACCAACCAAGACGAGGAGAGUGAUGAAGAAGAGGAGAAUGACGAAGGAAGUGAAGAAGAGGUUGAUGAGGGCACCACAGUAGCGUCCUCCUCGGGGAAGAAGACUUAUGCCCGGAAUCCAGCAUCUCUACGCCAAUCGAUGCGUUCAACGACGACAUCUCCUCAGAAAGCAGCGGCUACAUCAAGAGCUUCCAAGUCCGUAGCUGCCAAGUCUACGACCCCCAAGUCAAGAGCGUCCAAGCCAAUGCCCGCAGGCACUCCAAGAUCAUCUGCCCCCUCAAGAGCCGCUACUGCUUCGAAGGGCACGACUCCUCUCCAGCGGCUAGCCCGUCCGACGCCCUUGCACACACCGAGUGCACAUGGAGAGAAGAUGGGUCGUUUUGACGCGGAAGAGCACCGCAGGCUGGACGACUUGGUUCAGAAGUACAGGAAGCAAAAAGGUUGGACUCAACAGAAGAUGAACAACGUAAUUCAGUUGAGAUACCGCGAGCGCCAACCCGACCACGGCGAAGACUUCAACGGGCAAGACUUCAAAGACUUGUGGGACUUCAUUGUGCCCCAUUUCCCUGACAGGAGUGGAACAAAAGUCAGAUCUGUCGCUCGAGGAAGGUACGACAACUCCCAGAAGCGAGCAGGAAGCUGGACCCGGGAAGAGGAUGAGAGAAUUGUAGAGUUGCUCGACAAGUAUCGCGGCUCCUCAUCCCAAUGGGUCUAUAUCGGCGAGGAAAUGAACCGCAACCCCAACCAUGUUCGUGACCGUUACCGCAAUUACAUCGUCUGCGGUCGCAACCCCGAUGGCGUCAGUACAUAUCAGAGGUGGACUGAGGAGGAAGAGGAACAGUUGGUCGAGUGCGUUAUGACAGUUCUCAGGCGUAUGGAGCCUGCAGACCCUCGCAGACGCCCCACCAAGCCCAUGGACUACGUCAACUGGUCAGUUGUCAGUGAUGAGAUGGAACGCAAACGCAGCCGUCUUCAGUGCGCCAAGAAAUGGAAGCAGCUCAACAUCGAACUCGGCGAGGACGACUAUCACUUCCCGGAGGAUUCAAACGUGAGCUGGUUCCUGAAAAAGGCCCGUUUGCAAGUUCGAGAGAUGUCGCUGGAAGACAGGCACGAGCUGGUCAAGUCGAUUCUUGAUCUUGCUCCUGGCACAGACGAGGCGAUACCAUGGCAGAAGGUCGUCAACAACAACUUUCGGCAGAAAUGGCAUCGGCCAACACUCAAGCUCCUGUGGUUCCGCCUCAAGCAGCAAGUCCCCGGAUGGGCUAAGAAAUCAGUUAGAGACUGUGCUCGCUGGCUUUUGGAGGAUGCCAAGAAAACCACGCUCGCGAAAUCCAAGAUUCUCACCGGAGGAACCCAAGAGCGAGGCAUCGGGGCCGAGGAAAAGGCUAUCCGCCUCAGCAAAAAGCCAGAGCCAAAACGUCCAAGGCGCAAGGCCACGCCUACGAAGAAGUCACCUGCGAAGAAGACUGCUCGGAGUGCCGCGAUAGUGGAAGAAAGCGACACCUCUGAGGAUGAGGACGUCGAGGGCCAGGACGAUGAGACCGACAACGACGAGAUUCGCAAGAAGCAGCCGAUCAAACGCCUCAACCGCAAGGCGCCACCCCCGAAGAAAGCUCCUCGCAGUGCUGAGAUAGUAGAAGAGAGCGAUGCAUCUGAAGACGAAGACGCCAAUAGCCAGGAGGACGAGGAGACCAAUGGCGACAAUAACGAGACCGAUGCCGAAGAAAGCGACGCGGAGGAAAGCAAAGAGUCGUCCGAUGAGGAGAUUGAAGAGCCAGUCGAUGAAGAAGUCGAGCAGGAAGUUGAGGAGAGCGAAGAUGCAGACGAAGACGAGUCACAGCAAAAUGAUGACGAGGACACGCAGUCUGGCGCCGCGCAAAAGCAAUCGAGGGGAAUCUCAGAGCAAGCAGCCCUGCAGCUCAGCUUCGCACCGUCUCUCUCACUUGGGGCAAGUCAACAAGUCAGCACGCAGCCCAGCCCCGCGAAGAAGCGAAUCAGGUUGUCUAAGGGUCAGACUGUCAACAGCCGCGUCAGUGAAGGUGAUUUCGAGGAAGACGGCGAGACGCUAGAGGUCUCUCCUACACAGUCACAGUCGCAACUCGACGUUCGCAAGAUUCCUGAUCGUAAGGCGGAGAAGAGACUGGCAGCCAGGCAGCGCGUCAGUUCAGGCAGUCGGGCUAGAUCCACGGCAUCUGCUCAGCCCGAGUACGUCCCGAACGAUAAGAUCGACAAGGACAUGCCCCCGAUUCGCGUGCCUCCUUCGACCCAGCCCUCGAGAUUUCAAGCCAUCAACCGGCCUCCGCAGGGUAACUUUGCCCGUCGUACGGGAUCGAGCUUCCUCCCAGGCGAGCCAGUCGAGUUGACGGAUGAGAUGAUGGCAGAGUUUGAGGCAGCGGACCGCGCUGAUGACGUUACGGGUUCGAUUGUGGACUCUCCCAUCCCCAGCGCGCGCAGGCCGAGACGCCGUCGCAAAGACGCAGAGGUGGGCGAGACUCCUUAG